CACAAUAUUGGCGACUUCUAUACAGUCUCAAUGGCGGAACAUCAAGUGCGGAAAUCGAUGUGUUACACUGCAGAAAUUGUGAUAGUUCCGAUGGAUAUGAAAUUGUAGAGGACAAGUGACAUGAUGAGGCUACGGGGGGCCUUGACCUUCCUCGAACUGCUUGUGCUGCAGCUGCAAUGGCAAACUGUGGUUUUGUCCUCACACUCAUAUUUCCACUCAACUUUAACACAGGAAAACUUCCACUUUUCACAAAAAACUUACAAUGGAACUAUAUCAGAAAAUGCCCAUGGGAAAACAUAUAUCCUAUCCCCAGUGCGGAUGGGAAUUUCUCGAAUGAACACAUCUGUAGAUGUAGAAUAUGAAAUAGACAGAGGUGACAAGACUAAAAUAUUCAGGGCAGAACCUGUAUGUAUUUUAGAUUUCUGUUUCUUACGGAUAAGAACGAGAACUGAUGCGUCUGGCGAAUUAAAUCGUGAACAUAAGGAUAAGUUUGACCUGCGAGUGAAAGCAGAGGGGAAGUAUCCAACUGGAGGGCAAGUACUUGCUGCAUUCACUUAUGUUCGAGUGACUGUUUUAGAUGAGAAUGAUCUGAGCCCUCUAUUUUAUCCUGAAGAAUAUAGUGUUUCCAUACCUGAGAACACAACCAUUCACAAGGGUAUUGUAAGGGUCACUGCCUCAGAUGCCGAUAUAGGAGUUAAUGGAGAAAUCUACUAUUCAUUUAUGAAAUCUACUAAAGUUUUUGCAAUUCACCCAGCAACAGGUGUGGUAUCCCUUACCAGACCUUUGAACUACAGUGUUGAGAAAGUUCAUAAGCUAAGAGUCCUUGCUAAUGACAGAGGGCUUAAAACAAAAGGGUCACAAAGAAGUAGCACAGCACUGGUAACAAUAUCUGUGGAGCCAGUUAACUACCAUUCUCCUUCUAUCAUUGUUCAUAGACUCCCAACAGUUGCUGAACAUGGAAAUAUUGGCACAGUUUAUGCGAUUCUAACUAUCACUGAUGAUGAUAUUGGAAAAAAUGGAAACAUUAACCGUGUUGCAAUUACAUCUGGAAAUGUUGGAAAUAGUUUUGCUAUAGUGGAGUCAACAGAAGCAGAAGGCAUAUAUAACAUUAGAGUUGCUGCAAACCUUGACAGGGAACAAACACCAUAUGGAUAUAAUCUUACAGUGAUUGCUACUGACAAGGGUUCACCUAUACUGACAACAACAGUUCUGGUACAUGUUGCUAUACAAGACACAAAUGACAAUGGACCAGAGUUUGAUCAGAAGGAAUUCAACGUGUCAGUGUCUGAAGUUGUACCUGUAAAUACACCAGUUGCAACAGUGAAGGCUGGGGAUCAAGAUCUAGGACGGAAUGGCGAAGUUGAGUACAGCAUUGUUAGUGGAAAUGAAGAAAAACUAUUUAAAAUUGACAUGGAAUCGGGACUCAUCACAACCAGAUCAUUUCUAGAUGCUGAAAAGCUCCUGAUGGUCAGACUACAGAUCCAAGCUGAAGAUAAAGCAAACUCUGGAGCAAGAAAGAUAGGCAAAACUUUUGUCAAUAUUGAUAUUACAGAUUUUAAUGACAAUGCUCCAGUUUUUGAUGAAACUAAGCUUUCUGGCAGUGUGAAAGAAAAUGCAGCUAAUGGGACAACUAUUUUGCAAGUAUCUGCAACUGAUGCAGAUGCCAAUGGGAAUGGAAGAGUCAGUUAUUCUAUUGUGAAUUUUCUCUUGGUUCCUUUUGAAAUCGAUCAUUUCACUGGUACCAUCACAACUACUAGACCUCUUGAUUAUGAAGUCAUGCAAAAGAUGUACCAUGUAGUUGUAAGGGCAUCAGACUGGGGUACUCCACACAGACAAGAAACUGAGGCUGUUGUUGCAAUAAAACUAGAAAAUGUAAAUGAUAAUGAACCAGGGUUUGAGAAAGUUGACUGUAGUGGCUACCUGUCACGUGAAGCUAAGGAAAGUACAGAAAUUGUAAUUCUUCCAGCUAUAGAUUUUGAUGAGGGGGAUAUCAUUAAUUACAGAAUUGUUGAUGGUAAUGAAAAUAACUGCUUCAAUAUAGAACCAUCCACUGGAGGUAUCUCUCUGGGUAAUUGUGAUCUAGCAGGCAUAGGUAGUGACACCAUAAGGCUUCUUGUAGAUGCUACAGAUGGUGCACACUCCUCUGUUCCAGCUGUCAUCAAUCUCUCAUUGGUCAACAGCAAGGCUGGUGUGCAAGAAAAGGCAAUUGUGAACUGUAAGGAUACGAAUGUAACAGAUCGCCUUCAGAACAUGAUAAGAGCAUCCAAUGAAAACAACAAGGGAAGUAGUAAAAUUGAAUUCAAUCACGAUCUGUCCAAUAGAUAUGCCCCAGAGUUUAGUUCUUCAGUGCCCAAGUACUUUGAAGUGUCUGAAGGUACUCCUCCAGGGACAUCUGUCCUAAACAUGACAGCAACAGAUCGAGACAGCAAUUCUUGGUACAAUAGUAAAAUCCUCUACGUCAUCUCCGCAGGGAAUUCUGAUGGUGCAUUCCAAGUUGAUACCUUUACUGGGAGCCUGAUUGUCAUGUCUAAACUAGACAGAGAACAUCAGAGUGAAUACAGCCUCCAAGUGAAUGCUCAAGAUAUGGGCAAACCAUCACAUACGGCUCAACAGCUUCUAAGAAUUGUAAUCUCAGAUGAAAAUGACAACUCGCCCAUGUUUGAACAUGAUGAAUAUGGAAAAAGUGUGUAUGAAUAUGUUGCUGUAAACUCUACUGUGUUGCAGGUGUAUGCAACAGAUAAUGACAAAGACCUUAAUGCUCGGAUUAAGUACUCUCUUUUGACUGACACUGAGGAUUUCUAUAUUGAACCAUCCAAUGGCAUGAUCAAAGUGAGAAGGCAGCUAGAUAGAGAGAGGCUAGCAGUAUAUCAAUUAAGUGUCAUGGCAAAGGAUUCAGGUUUGCAUACAACUCUAUCAACAACAACACAGGUUACAAUCACACUUCAAGAUGUUAAUGACAAUGAACCAAAAUUUGUUCCUUCAAGUUACAGUGUAAAAGUUCGAGAAGAUUUACCAGUUGGUACUGUUGUCAUGAUCCUUACAGCAAAUGAUCCUGAUGUUGGAGAGAAUGGACUUGUAACAUAUGAGCUUGUUGAUGGUAUGGAUAACAAAUUUGAAAUAGAUGAAUUGAGUGGUACCAUUCGUUUGCUCAAGAAAUUAGAUUACGAGACAAAGCAAGUAUAUAACAUAACAGCAAAGGCAGUUGAUUGUGGCACGCCAACUCUUGUAUCAACUUGUUUUAUGAAUGUAGAAGUGGUAGAUGUUGAUGAAAAUCUCAGUGCCCCACGUUUUGACACCUUUGUGGCUCAGGACUAUGUAUAUGAAAACAAGCCCAUUGGAACAUUUGUUGCACAUGUCAGUGCAAUGGACGACAUUGGACCUUUUGAGAAAAGGGGUCAGAUGGUGUACUCUAUUCGUGAUGGAUCAGGCUUGGGUCGGUUUUCCAUUGACACCAAUGGAACUAUCCGAACUUCUCAAGUACUUGAUCGAGAGACCAUCUCCCAUUAUUGGCUGACAGUAUAUGCCCAAGAUGGAGGACUCGUACCAAAGUUUGCACGUCAGGAAGUUCUCAUUAAGAUUGUUGAUGAAAAUGAUAAUGUGCCCCUUAGCCGUCAGCCUUUAUAUCAUGUCAGUGUGCCCGAGAACAGCAGGGAAGGAGUGGAGAUAAUGCAGGUCGAGGCAUAUGAUGGAGACUUGAGUGACACACAAAAAAUCACUUUCCAGAUCACUGGAGGAGAUCCUCAGCACUUCUUCAAAAUACACAGCACACAAGGCAUGAUCAGCACCACAGGGAGAGCACUGAACAGAGAAGAUGUUCCUGAGCAUGCAGUGGAGGUAACAAUAUCCGACAACGAUGCCCGUUCUCCGCUCUCAUCCAAGACCCGUGUUGUCAUCAAGGUGCUGGAUGAGAAUGAUAAUCGACCACAGUUUGCUGACAAGGCUCCAAAUAUAAAGGUUCUUGAAUGUUUGAGAGAAGACAGUGACAUUGAUGUGUAUCGUGUGGUGGCCAAGGACCACGAUGAGGGACAGAAUGCUUAUCUUACGUAUACAAUCAAGUCCCAACGUGGGAAUGGACAGACCCAGUUCAGAGUGGAUUCCGUUACUGGGGUUGUAUACUCCACCAAGGAUCUUGUUCAAGGAAGGAAGUAUGAGCUUCAGGUGAGAGUAUCUGACAGUGGGACUCCUCGCAGAAAAGCAAUCAUCAAAUUAAACAUUGAAGUUGUGUCAAGACCUAAGAUGUCUACCAACCCACCAACCUUCUUAAAGGCAAAUUAUGCUGUAUCAGUGGCCGAAAAUGACCUCGUCGGAGAACUUCUAGAAAUGCUUUCUGGAGAAGAUGAGGAUGGUGAUAGCAUUUGGUACUCAAUACGAGAUGGUAACCAAGAUAACAAGUUUGCAGUUCAGCCUCAGCAUGGCACCCUGUUUGUGGCAGGUGGCCUUGAUUGGGAAACUCAGCCAAGCUACAACCUUACAGUGUGUGCAACAGAUGGGGUGUACAACUCAUGUGUGCCUGUCCAUAUCAGUAUAAUUAACAACAAUGAAUAUGAACCAGAGUUCUCAGAAGCAUUUUAUACGGCUGAAAUAUCUGAGAAUGUAGAAGUGAAUACAAAUGUUCUACAAGUAUUUGCAACUGAUAAGGAUAAAGACAAGCGUCUCUUCUACACCAUGUCUUCAGCAGGAAGUACUGUUAGCAUGCAGAAAUUCAAGAUUCAUCCAGAAAGUGGAGUAAUACAAGUAGCAGAAUCUUUGGACCGCGAAGCUCUCUCACAUCACACACUAACCAUCAUGGUGGGAGAUGAAGGAACUCCAUCCAAGAAGAGCUUUGCUAGGGUUAAUAUAGCAGUUCUUGACCACAAUGAUCAUGCUCCUCAGUUCCUGUCCAAAUCAUUCGAUGGUCGGGUAUUUGAAACUGCAGCUAUUGGAACAUCGGUAUUACAGGUGAUAGCUGUGGACAAUGACAAAGGAGAAAAUGCAGAGAUAUGCUUUUCAAUCAUUUCAGGAAACGUUGGUGGAUCAUUUACCAUGGAUGAGAAACUUGGCAUUGUGAUAACUUCUAAGGAACUUGAUCGCAUGAAACAGUCCAACUAUGAACUUAUUGUCAUGGCAAAAGAUAAGGGUGCUCCAUCGUUAAGUUCAACUGCUAGGAUCUCCAUUGCAAUAACAUUGUCAAAUAACUCCCCUCCCAGAUUCAAAUUGGUUGAGUAUGCAGUUGAACUCAAGGAGAACCUGGCUGCUGGUCAUAUUGUAGUAGUCAUACAAGCUGAAAGUCAAUCCUCCUUAGUUUAUGAAAUUACAAGUGGAAAUCACUUUGGUAUGUUGAUGAUUAAUCCAAAUUCUGGUGUUAUUUCAACAAAGACUGUAGUUGACUAUGAAGAACAUCACAUCUUUAAUUUGACAGUCACAGCCACAAAUAUAGUUGGAGCUACAUCAUCAACAACAGUUAUUAUACAUGUUACAGAUGAAAAUGACAAUAAGCCUGACUUCCUUCAAAAAGUAUAUUAUGGAAAUGUAAGUGAGAUGGCAAAUUUAAAUAGCAUGGUGUUUACCAGAGAAGGAUCUCCCCUUGUUGUCCAAGCCCAAGACAAAGAUUCUGGCGCAAAUUCUCGACUGAAAUAUCAAAUCACAGAUGCCAGGAUCAGAGCCUUCUUUGACAUUGAUUCCAGCACUGGUGCCCUGAAAACAAGAUCUUCACUGGAUCAUGAAACAAAUAGCAUGUAUAACUUCACAGUCCAAGUUUCUGAUUUAGGUCAACCAAGCCUUGUUGCUGACAUUGCAGCACAAGUUAUCGUCUGUGUGUCUGAUGUCAAUGAUUCACCACCCAGAUUCACUAAUCAUACCUUCACUACAACAGUUCUUCUACCAACAUACAAGGAUGUUGUUGUCAUUCAGGUGACGGCAUUUGAUCCUGACACAACCGUUAAUGCUCCUCUUUCAUACAGCAUUCUGGAUGGCAAUCAAGGGCAUCACUUUAAUGUCAACUCUGAAACCGGUGAAUUGUUUGUUGAAGAUGAAACUAACAUGGAUAAGAAAUAUAGCAUAACUGUUCAAGUUAGUGAUGGUAAAUAUGACACCACAGCUUCUGUCAUUAUAACUGUGCAGAACACAGUUGAUACAGGCCUGCAUUUCUCCAGAAAUGUGUAUACUGCCACAAUAGAAGAACAACAAGAAGCCUCUGAAGUUCUGUUAGCUGUGAUGGCUAUUGGUCAUAGAUUGAAUGAACCAUUGGAAUUUACUCUGUUGAACAAUAGAGCAAUGUUUUCAAUCAUGAUGACAUCAGGUGUCAUUGAGACACAGGGAUACCCUUUUGACAGGGAGCUUGUUGGAAACUACACCCUUGUUGUUGAAGUGAAAGACAUCAGGGGACGAUUGGCACAUUGUCUUGUUAUUAUCACAGUGACUGAUAUCAAUGAUAAUGCACCAGUAUUUGUAGGCAUGCCCUACAAUUCUGUUGUGUCUUUUGAUGCCUCUGAUGAUAGAGUAGUGAAAAGGGUACAAGCCUUUGAUCUUGAUGACGGCAGUAAUGGCCAGGUAAGAUACAGCAUCACUGAUGGGGGCCAAGGGAAGUUUAGCAUCAACCACAUCACUGGGGACAUCACAGUUAAAAGACUAUCCCCAACAGAUGAAAACAGGAUUUUUGAACUCAAAAUAGAAGCUCAGGAUAUGGGUCGCAAGCCCCAGAGGUCGGAUGCAAUUGUCCCAAUACAUGUUGUUAAUCGCAACAGUCCUGUUUUUGAUAAGCAAAUAUACAACGUGAGUGUGUUUGAGAAAAUCGCCAUGCACACACCUGUCACCAACAUCCAGGCCCUCAGUCCACAGAAUCACAAAAUCAUAUAUUCCAUCAGCGAGGGAGACAAAUAUGGUGACUUUGCUGUCAAUUUUGACACAGCAAUGGAUGUAGUAGGGCCAUGUUUGAUAUCUGUUGUUGGCACCCUGGACUAUGAAGAGACAAAGACUUAUGACCUUACACUGCGGGCCACAGAUACACAAACAGGAAGUUAUUCAGAAGCUAUUGUGUUUGUUAACCUUAAGGACAUCAAUGACAAUGCACCAACAUUUGAAAGCCAAGGCUAUACAGAGGCUGUGAGAGAAGGGGUUGCAAUUGGAACAGAGAUCUUAACAGUGAAAGCAAUUGACAAAGAUGUUGGUCUGAACAGUUUGGUUCAUUACAGUAUUGCACCAAUUACUAUGGCCCAUGAAGAUGUCCUUUACUUUCACAUUGACUCAGAAACAGGUGUCAUUAUUACAAAGAAGAAAUUAGACUAUGAGCGACGGACAGAUUUCUACUUUUUGGCUGUAGCUAUUGAUUGUGGUAUUCCAGCUCUGAAUUCUACAGUAGUUGUUCACAUUAUCUUAAUGGACCUAAAUGAUAAUGCACCACAUUUCAGCAGGACCUAUUACGAAUGCCGCAUCACUGAUCAAGCGAAGCGGGGUCAGCUUGUCACAAAGGUGGUGGCAUAUGAUGAUGAUCAGUCAAACACUGGAACACUUUUCUAUUCCAUUGUCAAUGGUAAUGAGAAGAAAACUUUUGCAAUUGAUUCCAGUUGUGGAUUAAUCACAGUUUCAGAACAGCGAGAACCAGAUUUUCAGUCAGCAUACAUGUUGAAUGUGUCAGUAACUGAUGGUGUGUAUACCAGCUAUGCACGAGUCACUGUGACUGUGAGGAAUACAAAUAAACAUGUUCCAGUAUUUUCUAGUGCUGAGUACUUUACAGAAUAUUCUGAGAUCAAUGGAAAAGGGAUGCCUGUGUUGACGGUAUCAGCGACAGAUGAAGAUCGAGGCACAUUUGGACUCAUGACCUACACAGUGCCUAGUGAUAGAAUGAAAGACAUUUUCCAUAUUGAUGCAGAUUCAGGUGAGAUGUUCACAAAGUUGGAACUUGACCGCGAGAAGCAAAGUUUGUAUGUUGUACCAGUUGCUGCUACAGACAAUGGGGGACGUAUGGGAUUUGCUUCAGUCCACAUUACAGUUGGGGAUUUCAAUGAUUGUAUCCCUCACUUCCUUGUCACCAAUUACCAGGGCAAUGUGUUUUCCAAUGCCACGAUUGGUCAACAUGUGUUGCAGGUAAAGGCGACAGAUGAGGAUGCAGGCGUAAAUGGAAAGCUUGUCUAUUCGCUUUAUCCAAACAAGGAGGCUUUCAACCCAUUUAAUCUUGACUCAACAACUGGACUUAUCUCUGUGAAUGGAGAUCUCUCACAAUCAGCAAACAAGGUGUUCCAGUUCUUUGUUGGAGUUGGAAAUGAGAAAGAACUGUCGAUGCAGGAUCGUGCUGCUGUGGACAUUCUGGUGAUGGGUCCAGGGGAUAAUCCACCAGUGUUCGAGCAGAAGGAGUAUGCUUUCUUUGUCCAGGAAGAUGUUGCUGUAGGAUCUAUUAUUGCAACUAUAAAGGCUACAGCUAAUCAGCCUGUGACCUACAGCAUUGUGCCAGAAUCAAUCAAGAACAACCAUCUUCAAAAGUUUCAUAUAAGUUCAAAAGGACAAAUAACAAUAUCAGAAGAGCUUGAUCAUGAGGAGACCAGCUACUAUCUGCUUACAGUGAAAGUUGAGACACAAACCUCACCACCACUUGCUGCAUACACAGAGGUCAGCAUUCAACUGCAUGAUGUAAAUGACAAUGUCCCUAUCUUUGACUCUAAUCCUUAUUUGGCAUCUGUUAUUGAAAAUGCACCAGUUGAGGUCAGAAUUAUUCAACUUCAGGCUUAUGAUAAAGAUCAACCAACCAUGUUUACAUACACAUUUGGUGAGGGUAUGGAAGAAAUGGCCAACAUAUUUGCCAUUGAAGCUCACACUGGUUGGUUAACUUUGAUAACUACCCUGGAUAGAGAAAUCAAAGAUGAAUACAAUCUCAGUGUUGUUGUUUAUGACGACACUGACAGGCAUAGUCACCACAGGCACAGCUCUAGCACAUCAGUUCUCAUAACUGUGACAGACUAUAACGAUAAUGCUCCAGUAUUCAUAGAGAAACAUUUGAACACAGCAGUGAAUGAAGGAGCUGUCCAGGGCACUGUUUUGCGCAACAUCAGUGCUAUUGACAGAGACAGUGGCGAGAAUGCUGAGAUAUCUUACUACAUAACAGGAGGUGAUCCCUUGGGACAGUUUCAAGUGCACAGCUCAGGAGAGCUGUUUGUCAACAAACCCCUGGACUGGGAGACUAAGUCCCACUACGAGCUGACUGUGGCUGCAACUGAUGGAGGCUUUGUCACAUACGUCACCAUACACGUGGAUAUUCUGGAUGACAAUGAUCAUGCUCCAAAGUGUGAAAAGUCUGUGUACACGAAGUUCGUGGCAGAAAAUGUCCCUAUAAACUCUGUCAUUGACUACAUCCAAGCAUCAGAUGAAGAUGAAGCCAACACACCAUACUCCAAGAUAUCAUAUGCUGUCUCAGGACCUGGGGCUGAUGUUUUCAUCAUUGAAAAAAAUUCUGGUGUUUUGAGGACAAGGAAAACUUUGGACCGAGAAACAACAUGUUUCUAUCAUCUCCUUGUGGCAGCUGUUGACGGGGGAGGAAACUCUUGUACAUCUGACAUACUCAUUACUGUCACAGACAUAAAUGACAAUAAACCAGAAUUUUCCUUAAAGACAACAACAUUCCACAUCCCAGAGAAUGCACAAGCUAACACUCUACUUACUCGAGUAACUGCAACUGAUAAAGACAGUGGAAUCAGCAGGAGAGUCAAGUUUAAGUUGCAGAGCUUGAAGGAUGAUUUGUUUGUGAUUGACCCUGUGAGUGGCAUCAUCAGUGUCAAAAACCCAUUGGACCGAGAACAGCAACCCGAGUAUAACAUAACAGUCAUCGCAUACAACCCGGGAUUUCCUGAUUUUUCCACCAGCAUUGAUUUGCAUGUCUUGGUUGGAGAUGAGAAUGACAACCCACCCAAGUUUCAUCUUACUAAAUACACUGCUGCUAUAAGAGAGGAUGCUGAUUUACAGACUGAGGUCAUUCAGGUUCUCGCAACAAGUCAGGAUAUUGGCAAAAAUGCAGAGAUAAAAUACACUCUCACAGGAGGCAACGAACAAGGAAAAUUUGCAAUUGAUUCUGACAGAGGAAUGAUUCUUGUUGCUGAACCUCUGGAUCACGAGCUGUCUAAGGAGUAUUUCUUGACUAUAACAGCUACUGACAAAGGAGAGACUCCUCUGAGUUGCAGUACAAUCGUCAAUAUCAACAUUACUGAUGUUAAUGACAAUGCUCCACAGUUUGGUCAGAGUUCCUACUCUACAUCAGUGAAGGAAGAUGCACGUAAAGGAACAGAGGUCAUCAGAGUACAAGCCACAGAUGUAGACAGUCUAUCAAAUUCACAAAUCCACUACUCACUUGUUAGUGGUGACAUGGAGGGGAAAUUUACCAUCGGCAAGGAUACAGGCGUCAUAAGGAUCAAAGAGACACUCGACAGAGAAAUGAUUGACCACUAUGCCCUGAUUAUUGAGGCUGAAGACUCUGGGGAUCCCAAGUCUCGUUCUGCUACCACUGUUGUGUCUGUGUAUGUCCUGGAUACCAAUGACAACCCACCUCGUUUUACUCAAGCAAACUAUACAGCAAGAGUUCAGCGAUCUGAUCUAAUGAAAGAAGGACGUCGAACUGGUGACAGCAUACUGAUGUUCAUGGUAACAGAUAUUGAUUUGGUAGAAAAUGGGCCUCCUUUUGAUUUCGAUAUCAUCAGUGGAAACAGUAAUAGGGAAUUUCAUAUGAGUAAUGAUGGGGAGCUGAGCCUAGCUGGAAAACUAAACAAAGAGCUAAGAGACACAUAUGAACUGACAGUUCGCGUAUAUGACAGUGGAAGACCAAGUCAGUAUGCUGAUACUACAGCCACCAUCUAUGUGGUUGAUGAAAGUAUGCAUGCCCCUGUCGUGCGGAAUUUGUCCAUUACUAUCAGUUCAUACAAGGAUAAGUUUCCAGGAGGUGUCAUUGGAAAAGUAGACUACAAAGAUGAUGAUCCCUAUGAUACAGUUAUCUUCCAGGUUGUUUCCAAUAACCGUUAUCUGUUUGAUGUUGAUCGCCACAACGGAAAUGUUAUUGCACUACUUGGACUCGAUGCUGGCCACUAUGAAAUCAAUAUCAGUGUUAGUGAUGGAAAGUUUACAAGUUUUUCUCAAGUCUCUGUUGAUGUUGUAUCAAUAUCUGAAGAAAUGGUUGACAAUGCAAUUACUAUCCAGUUUGCAAAUAUGAUACCUGAACAAUUCUUUGCUAACAGCAAGAAAGAUUUUCAGGACACCCUUAAAAGAGAACUUGAUGUCAGUGCACGAAAUAUCAAAAUAAUAAAUGUUCAACCAGCAACAGGCCCAAGAUUUCCUGGACGAUGGAAGAGAGAUACAUCUAGUAAUCUUGAUGUUCUGUUUGCUGUGAGGAAAUCUGGAGAUCGUUUUUUCAAGAAAAACUCCCUCAGGAAGAAAGUGCUGCGCGCAGCACAACGCAUUGAGUCAGCUGUUGGUGUGCAAGUUAUCAAGGUGUUCAGUGAUACUUGUGCAGAUGUCACAUGCACAGAGGGCACCUGUGUUGGCAGUGUUGUGUUUGACAACAGCAGGCUAACACCAGUCAUUGUUGGUGGUGAGAGCUUUGUCUCUGCAAGACAUUACUACAGUUACCAGUGUAUCUGCCAAGGAGAUCACUGUGACUCUCAUGUGUGUGGUGGUGUACCUUGUCCUUCCUACAAGUUGUGUGAGCGUGACCGUUUCAACAAAUAUGUAUGUGUGUGUCCAAAUGGCAAAACAGGAGACCGAUGUGACAAAGACCCUAUCCAGUGCAAACCAUCUGAUGUCAGUUGCCUCAAAGGGGACCGUCCAAUGACAUUCAUGGGUCGUAGCUAUGCUCGAUGGGAACUUAACCUGAAAACUGCCAAACAACUGACGCUGUCGCUGUGGAUCAGGACCAGGCAGCUUAAUGCCAACUUGAUGAACACCAGGGGAAUUGCAGACUACAGUGUACUUGAGAUCACUGAUGGUAAACUGCAGUAUAAGUUUGACUGUGGUAGCGGAGAAGGCCUGGUCACCAUACCCGUAGCUGUUAAUGAUGGCACCUGGCACAAAAUAAAUGUUGAGAGAAAUGGUCGCAUAGCAGAAAUGGAACUGGACAUGGAAUACAAGGCAAUGUCAACAGCACCAGGGACAAAUGAGAUCCUUAACUUGAAUACCGACCAAAUCUACUUUGGUGCUGAAGUCAACUGGCAUGAACAGUAUCAGGCCAUCAGUCAUGGCUUUGAGGGUUGUAUGAAGGAUAUCCGCAUAUUUGAUAUGCCACUGCUCUUCUCAGGGAGCAACAAGGUGACAAAGGACCAACUGUUUGAGAGGAUUGAUUUCAACUGUAAAGAGGACCCAUGGAAAAACCCUCCUCCAAACAUCUGCAGUAGUCAUCCAUGCAUGCAUGAUGGCACGUGUGUAUACAGUGGCCUCAACUCUUUCACCUGCCAGUGCAAGGCACGAUACCUUGGUUCCAAGUGUGAAGUGGAUACCAACCCAUGUCAGGACAGUCCUUGCCUGCAUCAAGGGCAGUGUCUGAAGGAUACAGAAAUCCCAAAUGGUUUUUCCUGCAAGUGUCAAGGAAAAUUCCGGGGUAAAAAGUGUGAAUAUGGCCAGCACUGCAUUCCCAGUCCCUGUCUGCAUGGUGGAACAUGCAUUGAGGGGCCUCACUCACACAUCUGCCAGUGUCAGGCAGGAUAUGAAGGUGUCCAGUGUGAGGUGACAGCAGAUAUGUGCUAUAACAAUCCGUGUCAACACGGCAGUACAUGCCAUGUGUAUGCAGGAGGAACAUACUACUGUAACUGCACCAUGGACAGGAAGGGGAGACACUGUGAGGAGCUCAUAUUGCCAGUCAUCACUGGGGGCAUCAAGGCUGAAGAAAUAUAUGGCAUUGCAGGUGUUGGAGCUGGACUUAUCUUCAUCGUGCUCAUCUUUGUCAUGUGUCGCAUGUGGAGGAGAAAGAAGCGAGAACGUAGAAGGAACAACAUCACGCCUGGCAUUGCAAGCGGAGAUGAUGAGAUUCAGUAUCAUGGCAUGAAAGAACAUGAGAUGAAACGCAAGUUAAGCAACCCAGAUAUGGCUGCUGUUCACACUUACACACCACAGCCUCCCCCUGUGCCCACAAGACCUGCCUCCUACACUCCUAGUACACAUGACUCACUCAACACACUUAACAACUUUGACACUGUCAGAAACUAUGGCAGUGCUGCAGAUGAGUUGGAAACAACAGGUAUCCAUAACAUCCCAACAUUCCAAGAAUACCUGCAGACGUUCCAGUCUUCACACCGAAGCAGUCCAGUAAUUCCAUCAACUCUUCCUCCGCCACCAAGAUCUAAUGCACCCUCUGAUUCAGAUUCCAUUCAGAAACAGCCAUGGGAGUUUGAGUACCCUAAUAUUUUGGAGAAUUACUCAGAAGUUGACAAAAAACAAGUGACAAAGUCAAUGCCUGGCAUGAUGGUGCCUGUUGCACAGUGUGGACUCCAGCGCCAGGAUGCUAGUUCCUACAGUAGUUUGCCUGUGUCAGAGAGUGAAGAGGACCUGAAUGCUAAACGUGGGAAAAGAAAAGGCUAUCACUGGGACACAUCAGACUGGGCCCCAAGGCCAUCUCUCCCCAAUAUCAGUGAGGUACCAUCUAAGGAAGUCCCAGAUUCCCCAAGUUCCAGUAACAACAGCAAUGACUCCAACAUCCAUAUUAGCAACAUUGAACCUGACCCAGGAACAGUGACUGAUGAGCCAGAAUAUGUUGAAGACUCUGAAUAUGUUGGAGAUUCAGAGUAUGCAGAAAAUGAAUUUGAAAUAGAUGACCAAGAUGACCUUCCUCCCUGCUAUGCAGACCAUCCCAACUAUCAACAAAUCUUGGAAUUGCGUGACAUGGACGACACUUACGAACUACCUCAAAGUCUUCAAGUAUCUCAUCAUCCAAAUCACUACCUACCAAACUACAGCUUUAGUGGACAGAUGGAGCAAGAUGGAUGGCCUGACCCCCCAACUGAUGAUGACAAUAGUAAUGUCAGUGAUGAUAAUGAUAACGAUAACGACAGCGUCAUACACUAUGCCUACCAGAAUGUUGGUCCUCAAAGAAGUAAUUUGGCUCCAGGUUACACUACAAGGAGUGAAUAUAAUACAGAUCAUAACAGAUCAGCAGCAUCAAUAAUGGAUGACAUGAGUGUCUCGGCUGGUGGUUAUACAUCAACUAAUGGGUCAUGUUCUGAUAUUUCUGCAUAUUUGUGUGAAAUAGAAGACAGUGAAAUUAACCAGAGUGAGGAUAGUGGUGAUGAAGACCAGUCUUCACAAAGACUUCUAGCUGCCCAUCUCCACACACAAGUGUGAACAGAUCUUUCGAACAAACAUUCAACUGUCAUUUCCUAGAUCUGAUGUCUAACAUUUCAUGGUUGUGAUCCGUUUUAUUUCCUGCAGAUUCAGAUAUUGUUGUUCUUUGCCAAAUGUCUUAGAAACACAUCAUUAAUGUGGACUGAUGUUAUUUACACUGUUUACUUAGAUAAAAUUGUGUGCCAAUAGAAAAUAACAUUGAGUCUUUACAGUUUGUGCAAAGAAUGCAAUGUUUGUUCUUAAUGCAUUAUCUCAGUUUAGAAGUCAUGUAUCAUGUACUUGACAGCGGAUGUGUGAUAUAUAACAUUGUGUUGGGGUUAAAACAUCUGAUGGCUGCUGCAAAGAGACUAGUCUAGCUGUGAUGGUGCUGAAUGUAGCUGAUGUGCAGAGACUUUGAUAUGAUUCACUUCAUUAAGAUUACCUAGAUAUUCUGUUAUAUUCUAUUCAAAUAUUUUGAAGUAUGGUUAUUAUGUUGAUCAAGUACAGAUGUUAUGAGGACAUUCCAGUAUGAGGAGGCUUGAACCUCACAUAGGAAUGACAAGUCAGGUAACAUUAUUGUUUGGAAUUUGUGGACAUCUAUUCCAUGUUACAAACUGAUAUUUUUUUUAAACAUUUCAUGCACGCAUUCAGAAUUAUUCAUUAUUAUAACAUCCCCGAAUAAUGUUGAUACAAUAUUGCACACCUUAUUUCACGUCAUUUCUUUGGUUGUGAACACGUUGUGAAUAUAUGUUAGUGAUAGCAAUGUUCUUGUCUGAACUCAGUGAUAAGCAAGUAGUGUUGACAAGUACUUGCUAAGAUAAUAUUUUCAUAUUCUGCUUCUUUAAACUAUUUCUGCUAGUAAAUAGCAUAUAUUGAUGUAACAAUAGUGUAGCUUCCCAUUGUUUGACAUAUUUACUUGAGAAACAGUUAACAAAUUUGUUGGAUUAUGAGAUAUCAUGUGUGGCCAUGACAAUAUAUAUAUUUUUCAACAUUUUGUGGGUUGUUUUGUAUUGAUUUUGUAAGAAACAUCUCAAUUUUAUCUCAUCUGACCCAGAGGUUCACAUGAGCUUGUGUCAUUGCAUGUUGUCCAGUGUUAACGUCUCCAAACCAUAAUGCCUGUGAUGCUGAACUAUCACAUGAAUGAUGCGGUAAUAUUGUCUUGUAAAGAUUGAAAGAUGGGAAUCACAUUGAAAAUGUCGUUCAGUAUUCCUAUGGCCAGAAAACAAAAGUUGUGAAGCGUACCUUUAGGUCUCUGGAACCGUAGGUGACCUAUAUAUAACAUCAAUGUCAGUGUGAAGGCGAUUUGUUUGGCAUUUUCACUGAAAUGUUUAAUUUCCUUCAAAUUUCUGUUUGCUAUGGAUGUAGUGGAUGUUUUAUUGGAAUACUUAUGUAUGAUAGUAAUAGGUCACAGUGACCUACAUUAAAUUCGUAGCAUAUGUUAUAUAUUUCUUCUUGUGUUGAAUUUCAACUGGGACAUAAUAUUUGUUUAUAUGCUGUAUAGCCUAUGGGAGUGUUCCCGAAAUACUUGUAAAUGAUUUAGAAGAUCAAAUUAACAUCUAAUGCUAUAGUAAGUUCAUGAUACCUGAAGGAGUGUAUAUUGGUACAUAUCAUGUUGAAAUGGUAUGUUUUUUUUGUGCUGAACCAACCUCCUGGUGUUGGCAUAUGUUUGUGAGAACUAACACCCAUGUUUCUUAUAAUAAAAUAGUCAAGCAUGUAUUUGGCUAAAAUUGAGGUGCUAAUAUUGAGGUUCAAUAUUAAUAAUCAUUGGAAGUGGUUAUUAAUUUCUUUUUCAUGUAGCUGAAGGGACUUACAGAUUUCUCUAACCAGAGUUAUAUGUCAUUAGAGUGGAACUGCAUUUAGAUUCCUCAUUUUGUGAGCUAGUGGCAAGGUAUUUUAGUCUGGUUAGAGGUUGUUGUUGGCAUUUAUUCACCCAAACAGAAGGUUAUAGUGUCAAGAUUUCUGGGGUUUCUAGAAAUGGCAGUGAAUGGGCUUCUUCACUUUUUUGUAAGUACUUUCAAACAUUUAUCUAUUUUUACGGGACUGUUAACCCAUGAAUCAUUAUGAAGUAUAAUAUCUAAUGUGUAUAUGCUUUUCUGAAACAAUGUGUUUUUAGAGCUGAAAUCAUGUGUACAAUCUUUUUCAAAUAUUGUUUAAAACAUAGCCACAAGGAUUCUGUUUAACAUUGUGUGCACAACCUUAGGAAACUGCUGGGACUAUGCAACUGUUAAUUUGGAUAGAUUAUCCUUGAAGUUGUCAUGGAAACAUGCUCAUAGAAUUUUAACAUGCCAAUGCGCCUGGUGUCUAUAUUUGGCAGGACAUUUUGCAUGGCAAUUUAAAGCUGUUUUGAGGGUGUACUCUGCAGCAUUUGUAAAUAUACUUAUGACAUUAGAGAUGACCCCUUAACCUUUGAUAACUGAGAAACAUUCAGUUAUUGCUUUUAUUUGUAUUUUUGUAUACAUCUGCAAGAAGAUUCCCAACAUUUCAUUUGAGCUACAUUACCUUUGGGUUAUUUUUAUAGCACUGUUUUUUUUAUGGGCCAUAAACAUCAUUAAGGAUGUAGUACACUGUGAAUUUUCUUAUGAGAGAAAUGUAUGUUUAAUGCCAUUCACCAAAUCAAAUUGAUCUCUUGUUUAUUUAAGUUAUAUCCAGUGUUCUUUCAACAAAAAACCCUGAUCUUCCUUAAGAUUUGUAUGGAUGUUGAUAUUUCAAAUAUGCAUGUUUCUUAUGUUCUUAAUCAAGAUCAAAAUGUGAUUUAGUCACUAUAAUUGUGUUCCCACCUGUAUUCUGUCAGUUUAAAAAUAAGAUGUCAACUGACAAUCUGUUAAGUAGGUAACGAAAAAUGUAAGAAAAUAAUGCAAGAUGGUUGUUUUUUCUUAUAUAUGCUGUCAGCAUUGUCAAUAGACUGUUGUCGCUUCCAGGAGAUCAUGACAUUAUUGUUGAAUGUGAAUGAAUGUUUGUUGUGUAGUAAGUAUGCCUACAUACCCUUAUGAUGUUAUGCUCUUGCUGAUUAUUUUUCUUAUCAUUUGUACAUUUUCUCCCAGUGACUUUUUGGAGAAGAAUUGUAAUAUAGCAUUUUGCUGAAUGCAAAAAUAAAAGUCUAUGGAUCUUA